AUUCGCAUUCGUCGUUUCCGAUAUAUAAUAUUAUUUCAUUCUCUUUGGAUAGGCCCUCAUAUUCGGGAGUGUAGUCCUUUAGGAAUUCAUUAAUUCUUAAAUUUUUUCGCGUUUGCCAGUAUCAGGAAUGGCUUCGCCGCGGACUCGCCGUAAGCUGAACUCGAUCAGAACUAUAGAUGAUAAUCAUAAAUGUUUCGAGUGCGGUACGUUGAAUCCUCAAUGGGUGUCCGUUACCUACGGCGUAUGGAUUUGCCUUGAAUGUUCUGGCGUUCACCGCAGCCUUGGUGUACACUUGUCAUUCGUACGAUCAGUUACCAUGGACAAAUGGAAAGACAUAGAGCUGGAGAAGAUGAUGGUGGGAGGAAACGCCAAGGCACGGGAGUUUUUCGAGAGUCAACCGGACUACAAAGCUGGUAUGACUAUACCACAGAAGUAUAAUACUAAAGCUGCUUCUAUGUACAAACAAAGGAUUAUUGCCCUCUCCGAGGGCCGUGCUUGGAGCCCCUCGGACUAUAAACCUGAGACGGUGGAGAAGCCAGCGGAGUGGACUCAGUCCAGGGACUUCUAUUCGUCUGGUGAUAACGCAUUUCACACCAGCGGAUCUGACAACAACAUAAGCUACCAUAGCGAAUAUGGAAGCGGGAGAUACACCGGAUUCGGCAACACGCCGAAACAGUCACAGUCGACGCCUAUGUCUCCCAUACAUAGCGGCAAUGAAAUGGUUGAUAACACACUGGCAUCGUUGGCUUCGGGGUGGUCAAUGUUAACAUCGUCUGUAACUAAGGCUGCUCGCACUGCGACCGAGAGCGCGGUCCGUUAUGGUGGCAUUGCGACCCAGAAGGUCUCUGAAAUGGCAUCUACUGUGACUGAGAAGGUAAAUAAUCGCGGUGGUUGGAGCUCGCUCGGAGGGACGACUGACCUUCGUCGUGCAAGCAACUCCGGGCACUACCAGUCGCAGAGUUACGGGGCUAUGAGGAGUUCCACCUCGGAACCGUAUUCUCAAUGGAAUGAGCAAACCCAGCCAUGGAAGGAGUCUGUGACAACCCGGAACAAUCUUGAUGCACGCGACCUGUCUCAGGUGGGCGUAUCCAGCCCUCCUCCUGACAUUAAAAACAUCACUAUUAAGAAAAAGAGUGAUGACGACUCAUGGGACUGGCUCAACAAUUAAAUAAUUCUUGCAACUUGGAGUUCACACAACCCUUCUAUGCUACAGUGCAAUUCUAUAAAUUAAGCGAUAUUGUUAGCACGGGAAGUUUCGACCCUCCAAAUUGUAUCAUUAUUUUUAAUGUAUCUAUGAAUCUGAAAUUUAUUCUUAAUGUACAGUAUAGGAAAAAUGUAUAAGACGCGGGAUAUUCUUCAGAUGUUCUGUAUGCUUUCAUAAUACAUACAUAAAGUCAUUGAAGGUGGAAAUAGUCCAAAGGAGCGAAUACUAAUCUUUCUUCUAAUUAAAAACUUGGUGUCAUUUUACGAAAUAUUGUUGUCAACAUUGUUCUAAUAGAUUGAUGUAUUAAUGUUCAAUUAUAAAUGUUACGCGAUUCUGAAUUCGCAUCAAAGUAUUUGUUUUCUUAGUGCUUAUUAAGUUAUUAGGAGAAUAGGUGUUUCAAAAAUCAUAAUUGGAUAAUUGUAGUAUAAUAUAUGUGUAUGUAUGUAUGUAUAUAAUUAACUGAUAGACAUGACCACUUUCGCAAAUUUACUUCUUGAAAUUUAAGUUUAAAUCUAUCUUAGCCUACUUUUAAAUUUCUCUAGUAUUCUUACAAUUCUCUGUUUUCUUUUAUGUACAAGGUCAGACCGAUAAUGUAUUCUUUGUUUGUUGUAUACUGCAUAUGUUUUGAGCGAAAUAAAAUGUUUCAUUGUAGUUAUACCAACCAUUUUCUAGUACUACAUAUAAAUACGAGAUGCUGUUUCAAACUGAAAAUUAUUUAAAAUAUACAUAACAAAAAAUCAUUUAAAAAAAACACAAUUUAAUGAUUUUAAUAUUUCCUACUGUCCAAUAAUUAGUAACAGUUUCAUUCACGACUUAUGCUCCUGGACGUGUCUAAAUACAGAAAAGA